AUGGUUUAUGUAACCAAAAGUUUUGGCUAUAUAAUCCAAGCGCUGCUGAUUUUUAUGAUCCAUUUGAUGGUUUACUACGAAACAAAUGUAAUUUAAAUUCAGCCCAUCAAAGAAAUGCUUGACGAAUUUUCUGACUACGAAAACCUAUUUAAUUACAUCACAGGGUGGCCGAUUUAUAUUUUUGUCAUGAUUAACUACAUAUUAGCCUGCACAAUGCACCCGGGAAAAAUUAGAGAAAACUGGGAAUUAUGCUAUAAUUAUCCUAAAUCUCAAGUUACUUAUUGUGAAGCCUGCAAGGUAGUAAAACCUCCAAGAUCAUGGCAUUGUGUAAGAUGCGGGUUUUGUGUUGUAAAAAGAGAUCAUCACUGCGAUUUUACUAACCAAUGUGUGGGGUAUGGGAAUAUUAAGCCUUUUACCUUUUUUUGCAUUUUUGGCUUUAUUGGAUGUGCACAAUUUUUGGUGAGAAGUCUCCAAUACUCUUAUCAUUGGAUAAAUGAUGAUUUAUAUUUAUUAAAAAAAUAUGAUUUAUUGCAUUAGCAAUUAUCUUCAAUUUUCUAUAAAAUAAAAGAAUUAAUUUAAUUAGAAAGGUAAAGAGUCUAUUUAAGUGGAUAUAGAAUGUGUAAAAGCUUAUUCAAAGACUUAUAUGAUUUUUCUUUGGUUUCUUAUGUAUGUUGUAUUAGCGUUUGCUUUGUUUUUAACAUAGAUAAAAUGGCAUUCGGUUCGAGAGAAAUUAGCUCUGCUAAUUUUCUCUCCCUCAUGGAAUUUUAUUUAUAGGGUUAGGCUUUCGCUCGAAGACUUCUGGACAGCAAUAGCGGUUUAACUCUGGAGAUAACCAGAGGAACCACUCCUCAGUCCACUCAAGAUUUCGGGCUUUUACCUCUCAGCACAUCCCCAUGGGAGGAUGACCCUUAGGCGGAACACGCGCAGGAGCUGAGUCGAGCGACAAGGGCGACGGCAACGCGCCGGGUGAGACGUGCAGCAAGGCCGGUGAAGCAGGAGUUGAUAGAAGGCUUGGACGGGGCUGACCCGUGCCAAGAUGGCUCGCCUACGUCAUCAGUUUUGCCAUAGGCCCUUUUGGGCUGCGGCACUAGAGACACCUUAAACACCAGAUAAUUAAGUCAGUAAGUAAGCUUUGUUUUUAACUACUAUUACAAAGCGAAUAAUUAUGAAUGUGUUGUAUAACACAACAACACUUGAGCAAAUGGUCAUAGCAGAUGGAGCAUUAAGACCAUGUGAAUUUAUAACAGUAGAAAACAAUGCUUUUGAUUUAGGAGAAAUUCCAAAUUGGGUGCAAAGCUUCGGCAUAAAUCCAUUGCUGUGGUUUUGGCCUAUAUCUCCAAGCCGAAAUGGAGUUACUCUGGGGCCGUUUUUCAAUUAUUUAGAGGCGCUAUUUGAUGCUAAAUAUCAUAUGAAAAUGAUUUAG